CUUUUUAAACCCCUUUCCAAUUCACUCCACUUUCUUUUCUAACCCCUUUCCAUUUUCUUUGUGGGUUUUUAAAUCUUCUUCCCUCUCUCCCGAUCUGGUUCUUGUUAUGGCAAGAUCCAAUCGGAUGAGCUGAUUUUCCUGUACAUGAAAUAAAUGGACAUAAGGAAGUUCAAGUGAAGACUCCAGUAGUUUCAUCCAGUUACAUACAGUGAGACCAGUACACACGCCUUUCCUAAAAUUGGAUUUUAUCUCCUUUUCUGGGAAGGUAAAUAAAGCAGACUUUUCUAUUACUUCACACUCAUUCUGUACCGUGUGUGUUGAUUCUUGUUCGCUCGAGUUUGUAAAGAGUCCAACGCUUGAAACUGUAGAUCUCCAAUCAGGAUAUUGAAGGAUCAAGAUGAAGUGGAUGGGGGGGAGUGUGAGCCAAAGCAUGGAAGGUUUUAGGGCGAAAUUCAGAGUGGCUGCGAUGGUUCUACUUGCGUUAUGGAUAGGUCUAGCUGGUCUUUAUGGCAUGAUAAAGCCCAUAUCUAAUGGUUGUACCAUGACAUACAUGUAUCCUACUUACAUACCUAUACCUACACCGGCAAAUGUGUCGUCCACAAAGUACGGAUUACAUCUGUACCAUGAAGGAUGGAAAAGGAUUGAUUUCAACGAUCAUCUUAAGAAGCUUACUGGGGUUCCUGUUCUUUUUAUCCCUGGCAAUGGUGGUAGCUACAAACAGGUGAGAUCUGUGGCUGCAGAAUCUGAUAGGGCUUAUCAAGGAGGUCCUCUUGAACGUAGUUUUUACCAAGAAGCCUCUCUAAGUCUCGGAGAGGGAGUAGAUUCUGAUGUCACCAACACUCCUUUGCCCUAUCAAUAUACAUCCAUGCUUGACUGGUUUACCGUGGAUCUUGAAGGUGAACAUUCUGCAAUGGAUGGCCGAAUUCUUGAAGAACACACUGAUUAUGUUGUAUAUGCCAUUCACAGGAUUUUGGAUCACUAUAAAGAGUCCUACGAUGCACGAGUUAAGGAAGGUGCUGCUGCGUCUAGGAGUCCUCCGAGAAGUGUAAUAUUGGUUGGUCAUUCAAUGGGUGGUUUUGUUGCUAGAGCUGCGAUUGUCCACCCACAUUUGAGGAAAUUUGCUGUUGAAACUGUUCUGACACUUUCUUCUCCGCACCAGUCGCCUCCUCUGGCUUUGCAGCCAUCACUUGGUCAGUAUUAUGCACUUGUAAAUUACGCAUGGAGGAAAGGAUAUGAGGUCCAAACUUCUCGAUCAGGACAUUAUCUGUCUGAUCCAGCACUUUCUCAUGUUGUUGUCGUCUCAGUUUCUGGUGGUUAUCAUGAUUACCAGGUUCGGUCAAAGUUACAAUCACUUGAUGGUAUUGUGCCUCCUACCCAUGGCCUUAUGAUUAGUAGCACGGGCAUGAAAAAUGUGUGGUUAUCAAUGGAACACCAGGUUAUUUUGUGGUGUAAUCAGCUCGUGGUCCAAGUAUCACAUACUCUUCUUAGCCUGAUAGACCAGGAGACCGGUCAGCCUAUAUCUGAUGUUCGGACGAGGCUGACAAUCUUCACAAAAAUGCUUCACAGUGGAAUACCUCCAAAUUUUAAUUGGUUAAAGCAACCGCAGCUGCCCCAUAUACCAAUCGAAACUGGAGAAGCUGAAUCUGGAUCUCAGGCGCACAGCAUGUAUGCUUGCCCCCGUAGCAUUCAUUGGAGUGAUGAUGCACUUGAAAGAGAUUUAUACAUCGAGACAACCACUGUUACAGUUUUAGCAAUGGAUGGGAGGAGGCGGUGGUUGGAUAUUGAGAAGUUGGGAUCUAAUGGCAAAAACCACUUUGUUUUUGUCACAAAUCUUUCUCCAUGUUCCGGUGUACGACUGCACCUUUGGCCCGAGAAAGGAUCUUCAGUUUCCACGUUACCGACUAAUAAACGGGUUUUAGAAGUUACAUCAAAGAUGGUGCAAAUUCCAUCUGGACCAGCUCCAAGGCAGGUUGAACCAGGUACUCAGACUGAGCAGGCACCUCCUUCUGCUGUAUUUUGGCUGCAUCCAAAGGAUAUGCGUGGCUUCAGAUUUCUGACCAUCUCAGUGGCAUCUCGCCUGGCUGUUUCAGGAAGGCCUCCACCGGCCACUUCCAUGGGAGUUGGGCAAUUUUUCAAUCCAGAGGAUGGGGACACAAUCUUAUCUUCUCAGUCCUUGAUUCAGGCUAUGUAUUUUUCAAAGGAGAUGAUGUUGAAGGAGGAUCACCCUCUUGCACUUAAUCUGUCUUUCUCUGUUAGCUUGGGCCUCAUGCCUGUGACGUUGUCAGUCAAAACAACUGGUUGUGGAAUAAGAAAGUCAGAGUUCACUUCUGAUGAAUCUGGAGAGAUGGAAAUUGACAGGCUGUGUAAACUUCGCUGUUUCCCUCCUGUAGCACUUGCUUGGGAUGUCACAUCUGGUCUCCAUGUUUUUCCUAAUCUAUUCUCGGAAACGAUUCUUGUGGAUUCCUCUCCAGCACUCUGGAGUUCCAGCCUAGGUUCAGAAAAGACCAACGUUUUGUUGCUGAUUGAUCCACAUUGUUCAUACAAAACAAGCAUUGGUGUUAAUGUCACUGCUGCAGCUCAAAGAUUUUUGCUUCUAUAUUUCUCAGAGAUUACUGGUUUCGCAAUUGCUGUUGUCCUUUUUGCUUUAAUGCGGCAAGCACGGCAAUGGGAGCUCGACCAGCCUAUACCUUCACUCAUUUCAGCUGUGGAAUCAAAUUUGAGGAUGCCAUUGCCCUUUCUCUGUUUUGCUCUGCUACCUAUCUUAUUUGCUCUAGUACUUUCCUGCCUCAUUUCUCUACCCCUUCCUCCAGCCAUAAGCUUCAUCAUUGUCUCAACAAUCUGUUACUUCUGUGCAAAUGGAGUGGUGGUUGUGGUGAUAUCAGCCUCCCAAUUGUUAUUCUACGUUAGUGCAUCUUUACAUGUAUUCAUCAAGAAACGGUCGCAAACUCGGGGAAAUAAUUUCUCUUUUCUAUUUGGCCAUUGGUUUCUUAAUCUUUCCGCUGCCUUCCUAUCAUCCAAGGUUGUCAGGAUCAUAAGAUUCAAUCCAUUAUUUGUUAUGACACUGGCCUCUUUCACCUUAAUGUGCUUCACUCAUCCAGCAUUGGGUCUUCUUUUGUUGCUCUUUUCUCAUGUUGUGUGUUGCCACAAUGCUCUGUCCAGUUUUUUGAUGGCUUCAUUUCGCAGCCAUACCCAGACUAAGGAGUUAAUAGAAUCUGGGAACGGAAGUCAGAGUGGAUCUGAGCAAUUCAUACCCCGAUAUGAUGGUGAAAUCAACAAGCAUUUCACUCAGGAGAAUAAUUCUAAUAGUCUGGACUCAGUAAAAAGCUAUGGUGAAACCCAACUAGAGAUCUUCAACCAUCGGCAUGGUUUGCUUGUAUUACACUUUCUUGCGACACUUAUGUUUGUCCCUUCACUUAUAGCAUGGCUCCAGAGAAUGGGAAUCAGUCAGAGCUUGCCAUGGUUUGUGGAUUCUGUACUUUGCGUUGGUGUUUUGCUGCACGGUAUAUGUGAUUCAAAGCCCGAGUUCAACUUCUUCUUGUUUCCUUUGCCGGGCAUCCGAGGAUGGGAGAUAAACCUGAGCUUUGCCUAUCUUCUAGCUGGAUACUUUUCUUUUAUUUCUGGCUUAGCCUUGGCUCCUUACAGAACAUUUUAUCCCAUGGCUGCCAUUGGAUUUAUUUCAUGUGCUUUUAGGAUCAUAGAGAAGAGAAGUAGGGAAAAGGGGGAAAUAUACCUUCGCCAUAGAAAACACUCUCAUAAACACUGAAAAAAUAUUCUCAUGUAAGCAAUGAUUUUUCGAACAGAAUCCAUUGUUGUACAAUAUUGCCACGUACAGGAUGUUCAGUGAGAUUGUACUAAUUGAACAUGGCUUUGGUGCCACAAUUUUGAGGAUUUCUUUUAUCAGUUGCUGAAUGUGUAGUAUGCCACAAUUUUGAGGA